GCCUUUCUUUUGACACCUUGACAUUAAAACAAAAGUUUUGUGAAAUCGGGGUCCUUCUUUGCUCAUAUAUACGUAUUAUAUUAUUUUUGAUUAAGAAUUAAUAAUGCCCGGUAUAGACGAUAUAAAAGCUUCAUGGGCUGAUGAGGUAGAACUUGAUGCAGGGGGUUUGCCACCUACUACUGAAAUAAUUGAAAAUGGUUAUAAAUAUGUCACCGAGUACAAGUUCAUCAGUGAAAAAAAAACAAAAGUUGUACGUACAUACAAAAUAACAAAUCAAGUUGUUCCAAAGUCUGUAGCAAGGCGUAAAAAUUUACCAAAAUUCGGAGAUUCUGCUAAUGACAAGCCUGGGCCAAAUUCACACACAACUAUGGUAUCCGAAGACGUUUAUUUACAAUUUUUGUCAGCUAAAGAAGAAGAGAAAACUAAUGAUAAUCUCUUAGAUAAUAUGAAAAAUUUUGCAAAAUGUCGUAUCUGUAAUGGUGAACAUUGGUCUGUUAAUUGUCCAUAUAAAGGAACAACAAUGGACACAGGAAAAUUGAUGGAAAAUAAACCAACAACUAGCACUACUGAACCAUCGAAACCCGGCAAGUAUAUUCCACCCUUCUUAAAGGAUAGUGGAAAAGCUGGAACAUCUGGUUUGAGAGGCAGAGAUGAUACUGCAGCAAUCCGAAUUUCUAAUUUGUCAGAAUCAAUGACGGAGGCUGAUCUGGAAGAAUUAGUUAAAAAAAUUGGUCCACAUAGUAAAAUGUAUUUAGCACGAGACAAAAAUACUGGAUUAUGCAAAGGAUUUGCUUAUGUUCAUUUUAAAUUAAAAAAUGACGCUGCUAACGCUAUUGCUAUACUUAAUGGCCAUGGUUAUGAUCAUUUGAUUUUGAAUGUAGAAUGGUCUAAGCCUCAAAAUAAUUAGUAAUGCUGAUUAUAUAAAUUUAUAUUGAUAAUUUUGUAAAAGAAAAAAUAUCGAAUGUAUCAAAUUGUGGUCAGAUCAUGAUAUUUCAAGUAAAAAAAAUGUCAAUAAAACAAAACAAAAACGAAAAAAAUUAAA